GCAUUUCUCCUCACUUUCUCGUCCAGAUUGCUACUACUACGUGCUGCUAACCUUAUAUUACAAUCCAGGCAGGCUGAGCGCUGCACCUCGCCGUGAUUCUGAACCGCCUCGCCUACACACAGCACUGCUGACUACUCCAGAGCACCAGCGGAACCCCACGAUGCCACCGAAGGCUCGCCCGAAGAAGAGCAAUGUGGCCCAGGGCAGCACGCGACCCUCUCCUGGCCUAGCCACUCCUUCCAAUCCGAGCCAGGCAGACCAUCUCAGCCGACGUCCGAGCGGUAUUGUGAAGAAGACUUCCUCUCAUCAGCAAGGCGUGCCCAAGCGACGCGUGCAGGUUCGCCACGCCUGCCUACACUGUCGCACCGACAAGGUCAAAUGUUCGGGCACUCAUCCAGUGUGCUCACGAUGCAACGCGCGCAGUCUGCUCUGCUCGUGGGAUGUGCCAGAAGAGGGCAUCACCAAGACCCAACACCUCCAGCUCAAGCUCGCGGAACAAGGCGCCCGGCUCGACCGAGUCAACGCGAUGGUGCACAUACUCCGCCACGGCUCCGACAAGGUAGCCACCGAGGCACUGGCGCGACUCCGCAUUGGCGAAAGCCUGGAUGAAGUCUUGCAAAUCGUUGGCGCAAAGGCCCUGAGCGCGAGCGACCCGGACCAGAUGAAGCCCGAUCAGAUGGAGCAAGUGCUGGGAACGUGGCUGUCGAAUGAGCCCGCCUACGAUCCGUUGCUGGUCCAGCCGAACCAGUACCCCGACCAUCAGGAACGCGCGUCUGCAUAGCUGGACAUCGAUGGAGACGGGACCAGUGAAGAAUGGUUUCGACCUGACCAUUCCGCACACACCCGUCGCUCGCUUGAUCAGAACCACCAUAUCGACGGUCUCGGGUCUAUCAGGCUGGACUUGCUGUUCGCCAUGGGCGCCACUUUGGUCGCAUGGAGGAGCCUACAAGGAGAGGACUAUCCCCGCGCACGACGCCUGCUUCGGAGCCGUCAGUCUGAAAGAGUCUGGAAGUGAGUGCCUUGUCGACCACAACAGGACAUGAUUUCUGGCAGCGCUGGGCGGAGAGCCAGGCGGACUUCACACACUGCAUUUCGCGCCCACCGGACCUAGGUCCCGCGUGUCCGUCCGCGCGCGCUGCGUCGCAGUGGGACGAUGGUUUGCCACACGCUCUGUCUACGUUUGCAAGGAUGCCAUCACUCCGAGUGCCCAUGAUCCAUCUUCCCUCUGGAGGGUGCUGGUUCGGGGAAAUCUGGCCAGCAUUGGAAGCCAUGGGCAGGAUCCCGGUCCGCGCCAAUCACAGCCCUCUGACGGCAGCGGGCAGCCAUCACCACCAGCAGCACCGCGGCCAUCGCCCACCGAAGCCGCGCCCACCAGUCGUCGUCGGCACACGCGGGGGUGCAGUGCGGGCAGGAAGAUGAAGCGGAGGAGGAUAUACCUGACUGCACAGGAAGCAGAGCUGGCAAGGACACGAAAAGCAGACUGGACCUUCCAUGCGAGCUCGUGCUCUGUCUGGGCUGCGAAGCAAGAUCUCACGGUCUGGUGCGGGGCACAGAGUUUCGCUCGGCAAGCGUCAUCGCAUCGUGGACGACGCGGACGGACGAGAAUAAAAUAAUAUUCUGAACAAUGCCCCCCCGCUUCCGUCGCCGCCAUGCCCAUUCUUGCAGCCAGCACCUCGUAGCGCGCACACAGCCCAGCCCAGCCAGCGCGGUCCGGACAUGUCCGCCGUGUUCUGCCAUAUGGCCGGGUGGUGGUGGUAUCGGCCAUGGUGGCAUGGCCAUGUCCCAUCCCAUGGUGAUGAAUGAUGCUCCAGCUGCUGCUCUGUCUGCUGCUACCUCCAUGACCGCGGCGCGGCGAGGCGAAUGAUAAUGCUCCGACCGCACCGUUGACUUUUCUUCGCCCAACUUAGCGUGCCAGCCAUGUAACGAAGCUCCCAGCUGCACCCAACAGUAGCCGAGCGCGCGCCGUCCCCAAAUACCGUGUAUUUAGCAGCCAGUGCGGUGCAGGUCUAGAUUCUGCCGACUCGGGCAGCCUAUGGGUACGAGACGUUGUCGUGCCAAGAUGCUGCUGGCAGCCAGGACAUUUACGAACAGUAACAAUCAUCAACUACUGCUCUCGUGACGAAAAAGAGUACAUACACGUCACGCAGACGGCCGCCUCGAUUUGCCUGGGAGCAUUGGACUGCCCGCACAAAGGUUGUGCAAAUCGAGCGAGCUCUCGUGGCGGGCGUGACCGCGGACGAACACACACUUGACUCCGCUUCUUUCUGCAAAAGUGCUCCUGCUUCAUUCUGCAGCUUACUGGCCACCUCUUGGUCUAUCUCGGGCAGUGCAUACCCAGGUCGGUGAAGGCGCCAUACCAUUAUGCGAGCCUGCCUGCACACGUGAUACUCGCGCUCGCCUGGCAUUCAUUCCUCGCUGACUCUGCAAAGUCUCGAAGGCAAGCAGAGCAAGCAAGCAAUGCAAGUGGAUUCUGGUGUACGCCAUGGCAGACCCUUCACCUCCUAACCCGCCCAUCACUCCGUCCGAGGCUUCCUCGGGCUCCCAAUCUCGCUCGAGCACCACCUUGCGCUCAGGCCGUGAUGGCAAGACAGCCAAACGGGAGCAGGUGGCAGCUGCAUGUCUGGAGUGCCGGAACAAGAAAGUCAAGUGCGACGCCGUGAGACCAUCCUGUGGCCGUUGUACGCAGCGCAAGCUUCAGUGUGGCUACGACGUUGCAGAGCCCGACACCACCAAGCUCGUUGCGGCGAGACGGAGGAACGAGGAGAUGCAGGAGCAACUGGAAGGGAUGAGGGAGCUGUAUGGAUACAUGGCGGAGAGGACGGAGGAAGAGGCGACGCGCAUCCUCCAAAUGAUUCGCGCUCAUCCUGACGACCCCUUUGCAGUGCUACGUGCCAUACAAGAGGCCGACCUGUUACUGCUCCGCUCGGCAGGUGCUGCGCGGGGAGGCAGCGACCAGAACGCUCCCCAAUGAUGCCGGGGGCGACGGGAGCCACGGCCGACGCCUACGCUGCAGCAGUGUGUCGCUGGGACUGACAUCUUCCGCUGGCGUUCCCUCUCCUCAUCUCCUCGCACAGGCGCAACGAAGGCGAAAAGAGAAAGGCUACCACGCUGUCGGUUGAUCCUUCCACAUCGAAAUAGAGUUCGGAGCACAUUUUGGCCUCCCGGGCCCAGCCAGCGCAGCGAGGGAGCGUCCGUCACAUUCCACUUCAUCGAACCUCUCCCGUGAGGAGCGGACACACAUGCCAUACGCUCAUAGCCUCUUCGAUGGCUCUCGUCUCGACUCGACGGUACUAUGCGAAUCUGAUGAGGGGCUCGUCUCGCGCGCCUCUUCUUCUGCCACACAGGGCCGGAUGGGUCAACCAUGAGAAUAGCGAUAGCACCACUUUCUGACGCUCCCCUUUCAUGAUUCCAACCAAUUACACUAUAUGCACAUGUGUGCAACUACCCAAAUUCUCGGCUGCUUGGGAAAGGGAGGGGGAUUCCUUGCAGCAGCAGCAGCUCAGCGACGACGAUGAUGAUGGUAUACGGCGUCGACACAGACCUCUCCAGUACUUGCUAUGUCAUCAUCACGGGCGUUGCAGUACUGUGUCGGGGCAUGAGAACGUACAAAGGUCACAUAUAUGUGUGUGUGUAUCCCCAAGGAGAUACACGCCCGGCCACUCUCCUAGCUACACGACUCUAUCCACACACUUCAUAUUUUAUUACACAUUGUACCGACGUUUUGCCGUUAGAGUUUUGUGAAAUGCCGCUUUUUGCCGUUUAGGUAUAGAACGGGAUACAUGUAUACCUCAUCACACAUCUUUUUUUAUUUACCUCCCGUCAUCGAUACCUGCCCUGUAUACAUUAGGUAGUUCUUGACUUGAACUUUGAAGC